CUAGACGCGUAAAUAAGACGUCGACAGGCCGGGCGCCGGCCUCGGGGCCUCCCGGGAUUGUGGCGGUCCUCUCUCUCAAUUCGGAAGCCGGCGCUGCCUCCGGACGCUCUCAAGAUGGCGACCUCUUUGGGUUCCAACACCUACAACAGGCAGAACUGGGAGGAUGCGGACUUCCCCAUUCUGUGCCAGACGUGUCUUGGAGAAAACCCAUAUAUCCGAAUGACCAAAGAAAAGUAUGGGAAGGAAUGCAAAAUCUGUGCCAGGCCAUUCACAGUGUUUCGCUGGUGCCCUGGGGUCCGCAUGCGUUUCAAGAAGACUGAAGUGUGCCAAACCUGCAGUAAAUUGAAGAAUGUCUGUCAAACCUGCCUCUUAGACCUAGAAUAUGGCCUGCCCAUCCAAGUUCGUGAUGCAGGAUUAUCUUUUAAAGACGACAUGCCAAAGUCAGAUGUCAACAAAGAGUACUACACACAGAAUAUGGAGAGAGAGAUCUCUAACUCUGAUGGAACACGGCCAGUUGGCAUGCUGGGGAAAGCCACAUCCACCAGUGACAUGUUACUCAAAUUGGCCCGGACCACACCCUACUACAAAAGGAAUCGGCCCCACAUUUGCUCCUUCUGGGUGAAAGGAGAGUGUAAGAGAGGAGAGGAGUGUCCAUACAGACAUGAAAAGCCUACAGAUCCUGAUGACCCCCUUGCUGAUCAGAAUAUUAAAGACCGAUAUUAUGGAAUCAAUGACCCUGUAGCAGAUAAGCUUCUAAAACGGGCUUCAACAAUGCCUCGUCUGGAUCCACCAGAGGAUAAGACUAUCACCACACUAUAUGUUGGUGGUCUGGGUGAUACCAUUACUGAGACAGAUCUAAGAAAUCAUUUCUACCAGUUCGGAGAGAUCCGGACAAUCACUGUUGUGCAGAGACAGCAGUGUGCUUUCAUCCAGUUUGCCACAAGGCAGGCUGCAGAAGUGGCUGCUGAGAAGUCCUUCAAUAAGUUGAUUGUCAAUGGCCGCAGACUCAACGUGAAAUGGGGAAGAUCCCAAGCAGCCAGAGGAAAAGAAAAAGAGAAGGACGGAACCACAGAUUCUGGUAUCAAGCUGGAGCCUGUUCCAGGACUGCCAGGAGCUCUUCCUCCUCCUCCAGCAGCAGAAGAAGAAGCUUCUGCCAACUACUUCAACCUACCCCCGAGUGGUCCCCCAGCUGUGGUGAACAUUGCCUUGCCACCACCCCCUGGUAUUGCCCCGCCCCCACCCCCAGGUUUUGGCCCACACAUGUUCCAUCCAAUGGGACCACCCCCUCCUUUCAUGAGGGCUCCAGGACCAAUCCACUAUCCUUCUCAGGACCCUCAGAGGAUGGGAGCUCAUGCUGGAAAACACAGCAGCCCCUAGCACAUUAUCACCACUCUGAGGCUCUAUGGAAGAAAGGGCACAUAAAAAUCCCAGUAAAUGAAUCUUGUCAUAAAUAUAUUUUUUCCUUCCUUUAUAGUUUCCAUGGUAGCUGAAUGUAUUCAAAUGUGGGUAGUCGGAGAACAACAGCCAGGCUUUCCUACACAUAUUCAAAGGAUCAGUGGACCUCAAAUAAGCUGCCAUGGACACAUCUGGUUACUACUGCAACAUGCUUAAUAAAACUUAAUGCCGUUUCCCCUUACCUGUGUAGGGGACAAGCAGAUGGGUGAAUUGGAAUGUCCAGUGGAGUUACCAUCCCAUUUAUAUGUUUAUUUUGUAUCUUUGGCGGGGAGGGGAGUGUAAUUGACCUGCAGUAAAAAAACCUUUUGACCAUUUUAUGUCCAUUGGAUAUUUUUCCUUUUUAUCAUCUAAAAAAAAAAAAUUUACCAGUACUAAUCAUUGUAGUGGCAUAAGUGUGAUUUAACUCUCUUGAAGUCACACCUUCAGAAAGACCGGUAAAGACCAGCACCUAGCACAGCUCAGAUCUUUCCUUUUCCUUGUUUAUUACUAAAGGGAUCUGACUUCUUUUGGUUUUACUUUUCUAUAUCACCAAAAAAAAAAAGAGAGAAUUAUUUUUUAUUCCUAUAGGAAUAAAAUACACAAUAUCAUCUAUAUUGUGGAAUAUCACAAAACAAAUUUCGUGGAGCUGUGCACCAUUGAAGAAACCUGGUGUCUGGGAUGAAAUUAUAACGAACUUCCUUUCUUUAACAAACUGAAGUGAAAAACAUUGGAGUGAAUUUGAAUGGAAGGCUUUGACCUACAGCUGGAACUCUGAUCUUCAGCAUUCACCUUCGUGUGUCUUCAGCGUCUCAUUGUAAUUUCCUGCUUCUGGGCAGGGAACUGUUUGGUCUUAGAAUAUUUGAAUGAACUGAAUGUAGAUGGUAAAGGAAAUUUGAUGUUGUGUUGUGUUUUUUGUUUUUAAAUAAUUAAAAUGGGUCAAUUUUCCAAA